UGUCCCUAGAGAGCGCGCGAGAAUAGAAGCACGGGAUGAGCGCACGCCCAAAACAGAGAACACACACGAGCGCGCGCGACCGUUCAUUUCUCACCAAACAUUGCUGCCAGUCGCUUUAAAGUUACUCUCUGGUCGCAGAUAGGCAUUUUAUAGCAGGCUACGUUUGAUUUACGUGCCAUGCUUCAGCUACUAACUCGGUUGUUAGAUUUCACCCGUUGAAUCCCGCCAGCCCAAACGAAGUGGAGCGCCUACAGCGGCACAUUCAAGCCUUAUGAAGAUUGUUGAGGUCUCAGCGUCAGGGCCGUGCCCCACAGGCCGUGAUGUGGGUAGAGUGUAGGGUGCUGGAGGCUGGCUGUGGAGGCAGAAGGAGGUCCCUGCGAUCAACGGUCAUGAGACUCCCCUUCUUCUUUUGGUUCUUGCUGCUGUUAGGCGCUGGAGGUCUUCUUCUGCUGCACCUACAGGACCUCACAGAGACACUCCAGCAACAAAACCAAGGUGCAAAGGUCAUAUUCUCCCAAGUACAGGCCAUAAGAAAGGAACCAUGUCCUUAUUGUCCUGAUAAUGACAAAGAAUCUGAUCCAGCAGAAGACAGCUUUCCUAGACCUGUCCAACCGGUGCAGCUUCCAGUCUUCCCAUGGGUCCAGCAUUCCUCUCUAAUCAACCCCAGAGAUAUCCCUGCUGCCCAUGUCACAAAGAGCCACCGUAAACUCCUCCUCAAGAGUGGCCCGCUUGUCCAGCAGCUUAAUGCUGACCCUCCUGGCCUGAUCAAGGAGAACCCAGAGCGAAGGACCCAGGUGCAGCAAUCCCGUCAGAGACUUAUGAGGGAGGUCUGUGCCAAAUACACAAGCGGAACCACCAAACAGACUAUAACCCGCAUGCAUGUGUCCCGUAUCUUUGUGGAGGACAAGCACAAACUCCUCUACUGUGAGGUGCCCAAGGCGGGCUGCUCCAACUGGAAGAGGGUGCUCAUGGUGCUUCAAGGUCUCGCUUCUUCCACUGGAGAGAUCCAACAUGACGAGGUGCAUUAUGGGAAUCAUCUUAAGCGUCUAGACUCAUUUGAUCAAAAAGGCAUCAUUCAUCGUCUGAAGACCUACACCAAAGUCCUCUUCCUGAGGGAACCUUUCGAAAGGCUAGUGUCCGCUUUUCGGGACAAGUUUGAGAGUCCAAACUCAUACUACCACCCAGUGUUUGGAAAGCCCAUCAUCUCAAAAUACCGCAGCAAUGCGACACAGUACGCCUUACGCACGGGAGCCGGUGUGACCUUCAAGGAAUUCAUGCAGUAUCUGUUAGAUGUGCACCGGCCGGUUGGCAUGGACAUCCACUGGGAGCCUGUAGGACAUCUUUGCAGCCCUUGCCUGCUGGACUAUGAUUUCAUUGGGAAAUUUGAGACUCUGGAGAAAGAAGCCAAUUUCCUUUUGAGAAGCAUCAGUGCUCCUAGCAAUUUAACAUUCCCUAGUUUUAAAGACAGGAACCCUAAUGCAGAAAGGACAUCUUUGGAAAUCACAAGAAGAUAUUUUGCACAACUAAAUGUGACAGAGAGACAAAGGGCGUAUGACUUUUACUACAUGGACUAUCUGAUGUUCAACUACUCCAAACCGUUUAAAGAUUUACACUGAGGCUUUUACAGUAAUCUCCUGAACUUUCUGUUGGCCUGGUGUUUACAUUUUGUCCUAGUGAGGUUAUUUUAUAACUUAAAAUAUUUUCUGUUUACUGGUUAACAAAUUUCGAUGUGAAAUAUUAAUCACACUUUAUAUUUAUCUCUGCAGGCUGGUCCUUGCGUUUAUCUUGGUAUUUCCAAAAUGUAUUUAAUUCUAUUCAAUAAAAAACCCUUAAUGGAAUAAUCUCCGCAAAAAUGGAAAAUUGGACGUGAUGUACUCACUCUUCAUGUCGUUCCAAACCUCAGUGAACAAAUAACAAUGUUGCAGCUGCUUUUGUAAAUACAACGACACUCAAUACAAUAGACGGUAAUUUUUCAGAAUAUCUUCUUUUGUGUUUCACAGGUUUUUAAUGACGUGAAGGUGAGUAAAUGUCCGAAUUUUCAUUUUUGGGUGAACUGUACCUUUGUUGGUUGUGUGAUUUGUUUCCUCAGAUUGCCUAGAAUGAAUAGCCUGUACUAAGAGUGUCUAAAAUGUAGCAUACUGUUAUUGAUUAGUGUCAAAGGAAAGGGAUUUUAGCUGUGAGUAUUUUCAAUGAUUUGCUACACCCUUGCCUUACUUUCACUUUUCUCAUAUUACAACGUUUUCUGUAUAUCAAUAAAUGUAAGCACAAUAUUUUAAUGUUA